AUGGGCUUCAUAAAACGCACCCUCUCUCGCACAACCCCGCCCGUGCUCGCCGCGAUCGGCACCUUCUUCUGGGUCACGCGCAAAGACCGCUUCGUGGACAUGCCCACAACCGACCCGAUCUUCAGCCACCCUCUCUACGCGAAAUACAACCCGUCCAAGAACCCUACAACCCACGACCUGUGUAUCCGCCGCGUUCCGCUGUCCGAAAUCAACCCGUCGCUGCUCGAGAAGAAGGGAAAGCUUGUUGAGGCGUUUUGUGCGGGGGUCUGGAGCGGUUGGGGCUACGCAUUCCAGCGAUCCUACCUCUCGCGCAAAUACGAAGCCGCCGAUACCGCGUCGCACCUCUGGACGAACGAGCAGCUGGCGUCUUCGAGCUACGACGUGGGGACUCUGAUAACGGAUCACUUUGAGGUUGUUGAGAAAACGAACGAUCGGAUUGUCGUGCGCUGCGGCGACUCGCCCCGUCGUCAGGAUGUGCGUGCUUCAGACGGUCUCUUUGAGAUCUCUGCCGUUGUGAAGCCUGAGGAGGGUGUUGCCGAGUUUGGGCUCAAGAGCUGCUUCUACCAGGGUCUCGGUAAGGCGGAGGGUACGCCGAUGCCGCCGCAUAUCACAUGGUUGCAUCAGCAGUACACGAAGUUGUUGGCGGAGACGGCGUUGUACAAGGUGAGAAGGUAUUGCAACGGCUGCUUACGCGCUCAGACCGACGGUUCUGACACCGUCUUUGGUUACUCUGGUCCCUUCCAGGUUGGGUGUGCGACAGUGAGAAAGUCAAAUCCAGCCGGUUCACUCGGCCUUCUGUGCGUGCCGUCAUACCGGAUGCCAUCAUACACUGCGCGCUUGGCAAAGGUGUUGAUCCUCCUCCAAGCAUCACUUCACCACUGCAAUCCGCAGGCAUUGACCCAAUAUUCAACGGACCCCUCAAUGCCAGAGUGCGAAACCGGAUAUGCCACUGGGGGUGACUUUAUAGUCGAGCCACAAUCCAAUUAUUCGAGGAUUAUUAGCCGGAUUCCAGAGCCUGAGGUUGGAACGAAUGCAAUAACGCGGUUUAUACUUCCGACUGGCCCGGAUCCCGUGAGGUCCACGCAAGCAGGAGCAGAUGGAGAUGAAGGAGACGGCCAAGACCAGCCAACGAGAUCUGUAAACUCCCACUCCCAAAUCGAGCUUCUUGCAUUGAGGAGUUCAGUCGUCAAGCCUCCAGCUAUUAUCGUACAUGACAAGUCACUUCAGCGGGAGGCUCUGCCCCAAGUGAGGCUACCGGAUUCACGGACGACCUUCCGCGUCCUGUGUGCAGAGAUCAAACGGCCAUGCGAACUCGCGCAAUCGAAUUACUGA